AGCAGUGACAGCACAAACUGUCAACGCUGUCAUCGAUGUAUACAUAUUUUUCUCAAAGGGACGCGCUGGUUGGUUGUUGACGAAAUUUCUCUACUGUUUUUUCCGAUAAAUACAACUUCUAUAGCAUGGAUUUCCAAAACCGUGCCGGUGGCAAAACCGGCGGCGGAGGCAUGGCUUCCUGGUCCGAGAGCAACCGUGAUCGGCGUGAACGAUUGCGGCAGCUAGCGCUGGAAACGAUCGAUCUGAACAAGGAUCCCUACUUCAUGAAAAACCAUCUCGGAUCAUACGAAUGUAAGCUUUGUCUCACGCUGCACAACAACGAGGGCAGCUAUCUGUCCCAUACGCAAGGCAAAAAGCAUCAGGCCAAUCUGGCACGUCGUGCCGCGAAAGAAGCGAAGGAAGCACCGUGGGUGAUACAACCGGAAAAACCACGCAUCGAGCCGAAAAAGUUCGUCAAGAUCGGUCGUCCCGGUUAUCGGGUGACGAAGCAGCGCGAUCCAGAGAAUGGUCAACAGUCGUUGCUCUUCCAAAUCGACUAUCCGGAAAUAACGGACGGUAUUGUACCGCGGCAUCGGUUUAUGUCCGCUUAUGAACAAAAAAUCGAACCACCAGACCGUAAGUGGCAGUAUCUGCUGUUUGCUGCCGAACCGUACGAAACAAUCGCGUUCAAGGUGCCGUCCCGUGAGGUGGAGAAAACGGAAGGAAAAUUCUGGACCCACUGGAACAAAAACACGAAACAGUUUUUCCUGCAGUUUUCCUUCAAGCUGGAACCGAAGAUAAUUCCACCACCGCCACCGAACGUGCACCGUAUGCCACAUCCCGGUCGUCCGAUGUUUAAUCCGGUUCCGCCACCGCCAAUGGGUGUCGUGCCUGUUCCGGCACCGCCACAUAUGUAAAUCGAGUGCAGUUUGAUUUUCGUCAGCAUAUGGAUAUUGUACUAAUGUAUAAUCAUAAUCAUAAUUUACAGUAAUAAAAUGGUCGUAUGUUACAGUGAUGACUGAAUAA